GGUGACAGACUCGGGGAAGGGAGCUAACGGUGGACGGGGCUAUUGGCAAUGGGGAGAGGACAUGGUACGGGAAGCGGGAUCGUUCUGGAGCUACGAGAGCAUGUCGGUGAUCUCGAAAGACGCUGUUUGUACGACUGUUCUUUUCGUGAUCUUCUGAAACACAUGUAGGAAAGAUUCAGUGGACGACGCUGCUGAUCUUUUGGAAGCAACUGCGCUUUGGUUUGGACAGAUUAACAUUAUUUAAAAAGGGGAGAGAUUUAGACUGGCGACCUGUCCAGGUUGAACCCCUACCGUUCACCGGAAGUCAGCUGGGACUGGCUCCAGCUCACCUGCAACUCACAAUGAAUAAGUGGUGUAGAAAAGGAGUGGGCAAGUUAUAAGUUCAAAGAAUUAUUAGAACAACUGUAAUCCACAAUAUUGCCAUACGCUAGAUACUUUUUAUUUUACGGUCCUGUUUACACGUCCCUAAAAGGCUCACAAGACAUGCAUGGUAACGACAAAGGAACUGGAGUCGGUGUAGAGAAAAGAUUCCUCAGUAUGAGUCGUGAUGGAUGGAGGAAGAAAGCCAGUGAAGAAGAUGGUUGGGGAGGAAGGGGGGGCUACAUGGCUGUGAAAGUCACUAAGCUGGAGGAGCAGUUUAUGAGGGAUGCUCCCAGGGAGAAGGAAAAACAGGGGAUCUGUUCCAGCAUCUUCAGUGGAGUGGCUAUCUAUGUUAAUGGAUACACAGAGCCCAGUGCAGAUGAAUUGCGCAGACUAAUGAUGCUACAUGGAGGACAGUAUCAUGUGUAUUACUCACGUACCAAAACUACUCACAUCAUUGCCACCAACCUGCCUAAUGUUAAAAUACAGGAACUGAGGGGGGAGAAAGUAGUGCGGCCAGAGUGGAUCACUGACAGCAUAAAGGCAGGGCAGCAGCUCUCAUAUCUGCAAUAUCAGCUAUAUGCAAAGCAGAAGGGUCUAAACUUUACCAGUGUGCAACCUCGGCAAGUACAGGAGCAAGCCGGGUCCGGUCAAGGGCCAUCCCAGUUCAAUCUGAACCUUCCACAACCGCGCAACCAUCAUAAUUUCACAAACCCAGCUCUCACAGUCACACAGUCGGCACCAUCCACGCCUACUGAGAAAAUGACUCGGCAGAUGGUAAACAAACUGAAUGGCUCCCAUAUUAAUUUCUCUAAGGAGGAAGGUCCCAAACUUAAUGGGGUCCAUGAGGGUCACACUUGUAACAGUUCUGCGGUUACUUUUCUAAAAGGAUCAAAAGACCGUCUGCAAAAAAAUGGUUAUGUAUAUCCUAUGAAUGGUGCCUUAAAACAUCAAGACAAUGUAUCUUGUUCAAAAUCUACAUGCCAAGGAACAGAGUUCAGGUGCCCUCAACCAAAAACUGAAGAAAUGGGGAUGUCUAGCAGCACUAUUUCUGGUGGUCUUGCAUCAGAUGUAGCACCCAUAGGCAGCACCUCACUACCACCCAGCCCAUCAAGGGCCACUCAUCAUGAGCAAAUCUCUGAUUCUUCCAUGCUUUCAGAGCCACCCUCAGCAGCAAUUGCAGCUAUUCAGGAAAAGCAAGUAGAUUCAGAAAGGUCACUUGGCCUGGAUCGGAUGAGCAGAGUCAGACUGAACGGGAGCCACCAUGUUGCAUCUACUGUCGCGCUAACAGGCAAACAGUCAGCACAAGGCCCAGAGCCUGGGAUUAUCUCGGAGUUCUUUUCUCGCUCACGGCUCCAUCAUAUAUCUACAUGGCGGAACGAGUUCUCAGAGUAUGUAAACACCCUGCAGAGCAGGCAACGGUCUGCUGGGGGUGCCGUGUUCUCUGGAAAAGAGAGGCUGAAGAAGCUUAGAACGGACCACUGUGCAGGUACCUCAUUUAUGCCUGCUCCUCAGGUAUGUCAGUCUUGUAUUCUGCAUGUGGACAUGGACUGCUUCUUUGCAUCAGUGGGGAUUAGACAUCGACCUGAACUUAGAGGGAAGCCAGUGGCUGUGACAAGUAAUCGUGGGCGGGGGCUUGUUGCUCAGCGUCCUGGUGCGAACCCUCAAAUAGAGUUCCAGUACUAUCGGAGGAAGCAAACUCAGCACAGAACAGGAAGGACAGGUGAUGACAUCGAGCUGACCCCUUCUCCAGAGACGGAGGAGACUGGCAGUAAUGGAGUGGAGCAUGACCAUGCUGUUCUCUCUAUGGCAGAGAUUGCUUCCUGUAGCUAUGAGGCCAGGCAGGCUGGUGUGAGGAAUGGCAUGUUUUUCGGUCAGGCGAAGCAGCUGUGUCCUGAGCUGCAGUCGGUUCCCUAUGAUUUCCAUGCAUACAAAGAGGUGGCACUGGCAAUGUAUAAAACUCUGGCCAGUUAUACAUAUAACAUUGAGGCUCUAAGUUGUGACGAGGCCUUACUGGAUGCCACAUCCCUCCUGGCAGAGCUGGGGAUCACCCCUGAUGAGCUGGCCACUGCCAUCCGUGCUGAUGUGAGGGAGAGGACUGGCUGUUGUGCCUCCAUUGGCAUGGGCUCCAACAUCCUCUUGGCUAGGAUGGCAACCCGGAAAGCAAAACCAAAUGGCCAGUAUUUUCUCAGACCAGAGGAAGUGGACGACUUUAUCAGAGACCAGCCUGUCACUAGCCUGCCUGGAGUGGGACGCUCUAUGAGCAGUAAGCUAGCCUCUCUUGGUGUGAUAUCUUGUGGGGAUCUGCAGCAGCUGUCCAUAGUGCGUUUGCAAAAGGAGUUUGGCCCACGGACAGGACAGACUCUCUUCCGCUUCUGCAGAGGGCUGGAUGACCGGCCUGUAUGCAGCGAGAAGGAAAGGAAGUCUGUGUCUGCUGAGAUGAACUACAACAUCCGCUUUACAAACGUCGAGGAGGCAGAAACUUUUCUGACUAAUCUGUCUAUGGAGGUACAGAAGAGAUUGCAGGGAGCAGGACUUAGAGGUCGCCGUGUUACCCUGAAAAUUAUGAUGCGUAAAGCAGGUGCUCCUGUGGAGCCUGCCAAGUAUGGAGGCCAUGGCAUCUGUGACAACCUGGCAAGGUCUGUGUUGCUACCUCAUCCUACAGACUGCGGGCAGCUCAUAGCAGCUGAGGUCAUUAAGCUCUUCCGUGCCAUGAAGCUUGCUGUUAUUGACAUGAGAGGAGUGGGACUACAGGUGCACCUGCUAGAGAGCUCGCACUCGGAUGCUGCCAUAUGUCGCUCUCGCAGUAUCCGAGACUUGUUCACAAGUAGACGGCCCACGGUCAACCAUAGCAGAGAUAUUCAAAAAGCAGAUGGUUUGUCUAGAAUGUCUUCCAAUCAAAAGGAGAUUUCUUCUCCUGCCACAACCUCAUGUACUUUUUCAGAUUCGAUGCCUGGGACAAGUAAAGCAGGACCUUCUACCACACACUCACCCAGCCAUUCUCGAGCAGACCUCAACCUCAGCAUAGAAGUGCCAUCUCCCUCUCAGGUGGAUCGCUCUGUGUUGGAUGCUUUACCAGCAGAGUUGCGAGAACAAGUAGAGCAAGCAUGGAACCACAAGCAGGUACCAGAUACCUCAUUUCACCCAGCUACACAAACCUUGACUGUAGCACCCUCUGUGCUGCUCCACCUCCCUGACCAGCCUGGGCAAACAGGCAGCACAGGCAUCAUACUGGAACUUCCUGACUUCUCCCAGGUUGAUCCAGAUGUUUUUGCAGCAUUACCCAGGGAAUUACAGGAGGAGCUACGCUCUGCUUACAGACGCAAAGAAAAUACUCAGGCUCAAGUAGUGGAACAGAGGAACCCGCUUCUUCACCUGAAACGGACUGCAGUCGGCAGGACAAAGCGGCGCUACAAGAGGAAAAAUGCCAGUCCUGCCAAGAAAGGUGCUAGUCCAUUAAAGAGACUCAUCCCAGGAAACAGUCCUGCAAAAUCCAGCCCCUCCAAAACCAUCCCAGUCUUACUAAAAGGCGGAGAAGCCCUCUCUGGCUUCAAGAUUGAAAAAGGACCAGCUUCAUCUCCUCUGAGCCAUCAAGCCCCUGAAGUACUGUCCAAAUGCACUCCUCGCCCUGUCCCCACCCUAGCUGGAGCUUUUGAACUCUGUGACAUCAGAGCCCUGCUGCAGGAGUGGGUUACUACCAUUUCAGAGCCUAUGGAAGAGGACAUUCUGCAGGUGGUGAAGUAUUGCACAGAGCUAGUAGAGGAUAAAGACCUGGAGAAACUUGACCUGGUCAUCAAAUACAUGAAGAGGUUGAUGCAGCAGUCAGUGGAGUCUGUGUGGAGCAUGGCUUUUGACUUCAUACUGGAUAACGUGCAGGUGGUUGUGCAACAGACUUAUGGUAGCACCCUGAAAAUCACAUAGAAGCAUUUAUGAGCUGUGUUCCCGCUUCUUGACACUGUGACAGCUUGAACCUGCCCUCUCGCCAGGAGAUUAUAGUGGCAAGAUUCAACACUGGUGGCUGCUUCCUUGUAUCUCCCUGUUUGUAUGACUGCACUCUUCAAGCCUUUCUCCAAGGACACGAAGAAAGUGUGUAGUUGGGCUUAAACAACUACAUUUUCAACAGAAAUUUGUAUUGUUACAGCAACAGAUUAUUUUUGUAGCAACAAGACACGCAGUUGUAUGACAAGGAUAUUGUAUCAGCAGCAGUUUGAAACGUAUGUCUGAGUACCACAAGGCACCACAUUUUAGCCUGGUCAUAAUGAUCUUCAAAAACUAUCUUGAUGUCAAUAUGCCACUUCAGAGGAACUGUCUGAAUGUUUUGCCCUGGCUGCUAUAAUCUAUUUCUCAAUGAGUGCUAUACUAAAAGCAGAAUAUAUGGCAAACAUGGUAGCAAUGUAAGGGGUGACAAGAUUUUUCCUCUAAAAUAGGUCAAGCCUAAGGUUUGAUAAAGCUAGCAUUUUGUAACUCUCAAGUGCCAGAAUUUGUAAGUAUAUUAUGUACAUAACUACAUGUAUGUAGAUGACAAUUUCUUAAAUAUUCUUUUAUUUGUGUGUGUGUGUGUGUAUAUAAUGUUUACAACAUUUUGUCUUGUGUAAGAGAGAAAUGAAGAGUAAUAUAAUUGUCACAAAUCAUUUGCCAAAGUCCUUUUCAGAUUUUCAGACCAUUUCAUCAUCUAUCUGUAUGAUAAGCCCAUAGACCAUACAGUUUUGGGUAGCUUAUACAAACUUUUAUCAUCUCCAGAAAACUUUGUAACCAAGCAAAUUUGGAUGUUUUAAAAAGAAUUAUGACCCAGUAAUAUGAUGAGAGUUAAUAAUGUGCUCAUAGUGCACCUGUUGUAUUUUAUUCUGCCACGAGUAUACAUAAGGGAAGGCCUGGAAAUCUAUUUGGUCAGCAAAAUCUGUCUCAAAUGACUGACCUGUGCCUGAAGACCUGAAGCUGUGACACCAUUUGUAUGGGUUUUGUUUUUUUUUUAAAUUUGUUAAUAAACUUGAAUAUCUGCUCUUAUUAA